UCCUCCGCCCCCCGCACUCUGCUCCGUCGUGCUCUCCCCUGGCUGGCUCCCGCAGCCUCCCCCGCCCUGCGGCUCCGGAGCGCCCUACGGUUACCUGCCUCCCGCCCGUCCGCGCUCCCCUCAAGCUCAGGGCCUCUUGAGGGAAGAUGAGGAGCUGGUGAAAAAUCCAGGUAGAAGAUAAAUUAAGGAAUCAGAAGAAACUUGAGUAUACCACAAAGAAAACAAGGAAGUAUCCCAGAGCAGAAUCUAGAGUACAAGUACUGGUAUGAAAACGCCCAGCCUAGAAAAGGAGCAGGAGAUAUGAAUGAUGUCCCCGUGAGAGGUCUGGAAUGUCCAUCAAAUGCCUGGAGAGGUGCAGUUGCACAGAGCAGCUCCUGUGAACCACAUCACCUCCAGCUGUCAAACUCUCACCUCUGGCCUAAAGUGCUCAGCCAGCAUCGCCUGCCCCACGAAUGGCUACCCAGAGGAAGCACUUGGUGAAAGAUUUCAAUCCUCAUAUAACUUGUUACAUCUGUAAAGGAUAUCUUAUCAAGCCAACUACAGUAACUGAAUGCCUCCAUACCUUUUGUAAGACAUGUAUUGUUCAGCACUUUGAAGACAGCAAUGACUGCCCCAGGUGUGGCAAUCAGGUGCAUGAGACCAAUCCAUUAGAAAUGUUAAGAUUGGAUAACACAUUAGAGGAAAUUAUAUUUAAGCUGGUGCCUGGACUUCGAGAACAGGAACUUCAGCGUGAGAUCGAAUUUUGGAAGAAAAACAAGCCUCCAGAAAAUGGACAAGAUGAAAGUCCAAAAGCUGACAAGUCCAAAGUAGAUGAAGAGGAUGAUGAAAAUCAAGACGAUAAAGAUUAUCAUAGGAGUGAUCCACAGAUUGCUAUUUGCCUUGAUUGUUUACGGAACAAUGGGCAGUCAGGGGAUAACAUAGUAAAAGGUUUAAUGAAGAAAUUCAUCCGCUGUUCUACACGAGUGACUGUGGGAACCAUCAAAAAGUUUCUCAGUUUAAAAUUAAAGCUUCCAAGUUCUUAUGAGCUGGAUGUACUAUGCAAUGGUGAAAUCAUGGGGAAGGAUCAUACUAUGGAAUUCAUCUAUAUGACAAGAUGGAGACUAAGAGGCGAAAAUUUUCGGUGUCAGAACUGCUCAUCUUCGCAAGUCUGCUCACAGGAUGGCACUUUUUAUCAGUCUUACCCUAUGGUACUGCAGUAUCGACCCAGAAUUGACUUUGGUUAGACCAAAGGGCCGGAUCCUACUGAGAUGAAUCCUGCACUAUUUGUUACCCAUCGACAGAUUGCACAAUGAAUGGAUGUGCCUGGAUUAAGGGGACACAACCAGAUUUUCAGCAUGCAAAUAAGGACAUUGUCUUUCUUAAAAUUGUCAAUUGCAUCUUUGUUGUUUCUAUUAGAGCAAGCCAAGUGCCAUUCUGCUACUGAAAUGUGCAUAAGAUAUUUGUGGUAUCUUAAAAGUGUGCUGCAAGUCAUAGCCAAAAUCAUGACGUGUAUAGUCAAGAUUCAGAAACUACAGAACAUUUUGCCUGCCUGUUAGAAGAGUUUUCUAGUCCUAAUGUUGAUUACACUAGCAAAAUGGCAGAAUGCUCAUUCCAUGUGGUGUUGCAAUUGUCACAUAUUUACUAUUUUACUGAUUAUUGUUGUAUAAAUGAUAGAGAACUGUACAAAAAGUUAUGGAUUAUACCUUGAAAAUAUUUUGUAUAGAAAAUAUAUUUAGAACAGUG